AUGUCUCUCCAUGACUUUUACCUGUAUCUCAAACACGUUGAGCACUCCUCGGAGAACCUGGAGUUCUAUCUCUGGUUCAAGAACUAUGAGGCAAACUACCCCAAGUCGAAGGACGAGCCCGCCGCCGCCGCCACCGCGGUGCCCAUCAAGAAUCUGCCUUCGCUGCCAAAUGAUGCCGAUGCAGUUUCGGAGACAACGUACUCGGCAAUGUCCAGUGUAGCCGAGAUCGUAGCUGCAAAGCAAUCGAUAAGUUCUUUGUCGGACAGCAUAAUUAAAGCCGAAGCACCAUGUGCCCGAGUAGCCCCGCCGGAGCCGAAAUGGACGGACAGGCUGUUCCGGUGGUCGUUGAUGUCGGGCAGCAGCUCAAAACGACGACAACGCCUAGGCAGCGGAGACGCAUGCACCGCUCGCGACGGAACCUGCGCAUUUGAUAUCGAUGAGGAGAAGGGGAACUCGGCCGUACCUCUCCCACUGUUCAACAAACAGUCCAAGGCGCCGCAGACGGAGAACCGGGCAGAACUUGACGCAGCCAUCGCAACGUACCUGCUCGCGGGCGCGGAGAAGGAACUCAACAUCUCGCACACCCUCCGCCAGCGGGCGCUGAACAACCUCCAGAAGUCAUCGGACCCUCGCUUCAUCAAGCCCGUGGCCGACCACAUCUACGAGGUGAUGAAGAACUGCUCGCACCGGAAUUUUGUUAGCCUAGGCGUGUCGACGGGGACGUACGAGACCAUCUGCGUGGGAACCGUCAUCGGCAUCGUCAACAUGCUCGCUGGGUUCCUGCUCGUGCUGCUGCGUGGUCUGUACCCGCACAUCGGCGCACACAGUCGGUGGGAGGUCUUUUACUCGUUUCCGCUCUGGUUUCUUGGCACAGCUGUGAUAUUGGUUGGAACGCAGGGGAUGUGCUUCAUUCUCUUGUCACUGUCCCGAAGACAGGCACUGCCGUGGGAGCGGUUUGACGACGACGGAAAAGCUGUGCAGACCACGCAGCCUGCGCCCAGACCGAGCAGUUGGUGGAGACGGUACAGGGCAUUCAUGAAUAAAACAAUGGCGCAUGACAAGAAUUUCAAGGUGGAGGACAAGGUGCUGCGGAGGUUGCAGAGAACAAUUCUUCUCCAGUGCUGGUCUGGUGGUUUGGCAGCCGCAUUCUGCGGUGUACUGCUCUUCAUAUUCCUGCCCAUUUGGAAGGAGACGGUUUGA